AUGUCUGGUUUGUGGUCUUUGAGGCGGCGGGUUUCUUAUGCUGCCAGAAGAAGCCCUAUAAAGGUGUUUUUACCACUGAUAGCACUAGUGGUUUUCAUUUUUUACAUGAUGAGAUCGGACACAAUUACAAAGCCAAACAGCCGAUACAAGUACGUCAGGGAGGACACGGAUCAAUUCCAGUUGAAGCAGGUUCCAGGAGAUCACAUUUCACAUUACGAUUUGAACAAGCUCACGUUUAGCUCAAAUGCGUUGGAAAAGAAGGAGAAAGUGCUCAUCCUAACACCAAUGGCACAGUUCCACCAGGAGUACUGGGACAAUCUUUUGAAGUUGACGUAUCCAAGAACGUUGAUUGAGUUGGGCUUUAUUGUGCCUAAGACUACGGAUGGAGAUGAAACUCUUAAGCAGUUGGAGCAGGCGGUGAAGGAUGUGCAAAGCCCCAAAAAGAAGGUGCCAAAGUUCUCGAAAGUGACGAUUCUAAGGCAGGAUAGCGAGGCUGUGGAGUCUCAGGAGGAAAAGGACAGGCAUGCAUUCAGUGCACAGAAGAAAAGACGCUCCCAGAUGGCUACGGCCAGAAACUCGCUUCUUUUCACAACUCUGGGGCCAUUCACCUCUUGGGUGCUUUGGCUAGAUGCGGAUAUUGUUGAGACUGCUCCCACAUUGAUUCAGGACAUGACAAAGCACGAUAAAGCAGUUUUGGCAGCGAACUGCUGGCAGCGGUACUACGAUGAGGAGAAAAAAGAAGAAUCUAGAAGGCCUUACGAUUACAACAACUGGGUUGAGUCGGACGAGGGGCUCCGUCUUGCAUCGCAGUUGGAUGAUGACAAGAUUAUUGUUGAAGGGUACUCGGAUAUGGCCACAUUCAGGCCCUUAAUGGCACACUUCUACGAUCCGAAUGGUGACCAAAGUGUGGAGAUGAAGUUGGAUGGAGUUGGCGGAACUUGCCUUAUGGUUAAAAGUGAGGUGCACAGGGAUGGCGCGAUGUUUCCAAACUUUCCGUUUUACCACCUCAUUGAGACAGAGGGCUUUGCAAAGAUGGCUAAACGGUUGGGCUACGAGGUUUACGGGCUCCCUAACUAUCUCGUGUAUCACUUGAACGAGUGA